AUGCCUUUCCUUGUCCGCGUCACUCCCGUCACGAGGGCGGCCCUAAGGCCAGCCACCAGCGUUGCGGUUGUUAGACCAACAUGCUUCUCUACCUCCACUCGUAAGGCAGAGAAGGGACCCAUCCAAGCAACCAUGGAAACACUGAAAAAGGCAGACAGACUUGUGUCAGACGCUGCCGUGAAAGGAAUUGAGACGGGAGAGAAGGCAACACACAGAAUCAGAGAUACUAUUGGUGGUAAAUCGGGAAAGGUUGGGGGCGAGGCGUCCCAAUUCAGGGACAGGGCGGGGGGCAAGGCUUCAGAACUUAAGGAUGAAGCGAAGGCCAGGGCAGAAUAUCUUAAGCAGAAAGCUAAUGAAGAAUCGGAGGAAGCGACUGGCAAAGCAUGA